AUGGCCGGAAUCGUCAGCUUUGUCGGCUUCCUCAUCUUCACCUUCGGGUUGGUGAUCCCUGUGGCGUUCUUUAUGUUCUACACUGCCUAUUCGGUGUUCCCUAUUCUCGCGGCUGUCGAGGACUUUGAUGCGCCCAUCUAUGAAAGCCUCGACCUCCCCCAAGUCGUCGACGAGGCUAAAGCUCCAGGCGGUCUUGAAAAAGAUGGCCCCAAACCUCUGCGCGUCAGCUCCAGCCUCCGCUCCAUGACUCGCCUGCUCUACUCCAGCAGAAGGUGCUUCUCCUUCUGUCGGGGCUACAGCUGGUUCUUCUGCUUCGGCAUCAUCAAGAGCCUCGCUCUGGGAGUGUGCGUCAAGUCGCCCUUCCUAGGCUUCCUCGCCCAGAUCCUGCUCCCACUCGCCGCCACCCGUUUCCACACCCUGUGGGUGCACUCCGUCCUCUCCUCGUCGAGAAAGCACGCCUCCGUGGAGGCCAGGAAGCUCUUCAGGACCGCCGGCCCGCCCAUGGCGCUGUAUCUGACAUCGGAAGCCGUGGUCCAGCGGAUCGUUGUGCAGUACUACAAGGGCGUCGGCAUGAAGUGGGAGGACUUCAUGCCGAUCGGGGGCCACUUCCACAAGUCGUUCAUCUUCUGGAUGCUCCUCGCCGUUCUGACGUUUUUCCUCGUCGUCCCGGCGUACGUGCUUCUCGUGCGCGCCGAGGCCUCCCUGCUGCCCUCCGACGAGCAGACCCUGGUCCCGCUGGAUCCCGCUCUGGAGGGCCUUUCCGAGGGUGGUGUGAUGGCUCUGGUCGGGGCGUGGAGGUCCUUGACCCGUGCGAGGGUCAUCAACUUGGUGCUUCUCUACAUCAAGAUGUUCAUGAUCACCGUUCCUGUGGCGUUUGUGCUCGGGUUUGUGGACUUUGCAUGGUAUAUUGUGAUGGCUAUGGAGAGCUGGAGGUUUUAA